AUGGACACAGUGAGCUUGAAGAGCGGUAAUAAUCCUUCUAACAGUUCUGCGUCGACGACAGAGGUUCCCUUGGGAGCUCACAGUGGAAUUGAGGAGUCCGACACGCCUCUCGCACCCGCCUCUCGCGCAGGUUCGAAGGCCAGCAAGGGUGCCGACGCUGGUUGUCGUCCAAAAAAGAAGGCAAAAUUCGAGGCACCUUCAUUCAAACCCCCUCCCUACGGAAAGAACUUCGCCGCAACACAAGCUCGGCGGGACAUAUACAAGGAGGUCAGUGAGAGAGUAGUGGCUAUAGCUGAACAUGAGGAUCCUUUCAUUGGCGAGGACAAGAUGAAAAUUGUAUGGACAGAAUGUGCGGAGGAAUAG